GUAACCAUUUGGUUCUAGGCAGCAUCACCCUUUCACGUGUCAGUCGCCACGGAGCUGCUUUGUACUUCCGCGUUCAGAGAUCGCUUGGUUAGGACUGGAAGGAGUUGUAGCUGAUGGCCGAUUGAACCUGUAGCUCAGAGACGGAGGGAAAGGGAUACAUGUUGCAAAGGCAGGAUGUUGGACUUUGCGAUAUUUGCCAUAACUUUUCUACUGAUUCUGGUGGGAGCUGUUCUGUACCUUUACCCGUCUUCCAGACAGGCAUGUGGCAUUCCUGGCCUUGCUCCAACAGAGGAGAAAGAUGGGAAUCUACAAGACAUUGUGAACAGUGGCAGCUUACACGAGUUCCUGGUUAAUCUACAUGAAAGGUUUGGCCCUGUUGCUUCCUUCUGGUUUGGACGACGACUUGUUGUGAGUUUGGGAUCGCUUGACCUAUUAAAGCAACACAUCAACCCGAAUAAGACUUCCGAUCCAUUUCAGACGAUGCUAAAAUCCCUGUUGGGGUAUCAGUCCGGUGUUAUUGGGGAAGCAGCUGAGAGUCAUGUGCAGAAAAAGCUCUAUGAGAAUGGCAUCACCAAGGCCCUACAUAGCAACUUUAGUGUUAUAAUAAAGCUCUCUGAGGAAUUGUUAGCAAAGUGGGGUACUUACCCCCAAUCACAGCAUGUCCCGCUGUGCCAGCAUAUGCUUGGGUUUGCCAUGAAAUCUGUUACCCAAACUGCAAUGGGCAGCAGCUUUGAAGAUGAUCAGGAAGUGAUCCAUUUCCGCAGAAACCAUGACGCUAUUUGGUCAGAGAUUGGAAAGGGUUUUUUAGAUGGGUCUAUAGAAAGAAGUCCCAGUAGGAAAAAGCUUUAUGAAGAUGCUUUGAUGGAGAUGGAAACUGUGCUGAAGAAAACUAUAAAGGAGCGUAAGGGAAAGAACCCAGGGAGGCAUGUAUUUCUGGACUCCUUACUGCAAGGGAAUCUGAGUGACAAGCAAGUCCUUGAAGACAGCAUGAUCUUUUCCCUGGCAGGAUGUGUGAUUACUGCUAACUUAUGUACAUGGGCUAUCUAUUUCUUGACUACAUCAGAGGAGGUUCAAGACAAGCUGUACAAAGAGGUGAACCGGGUUAUUGGGAAGGGACCAAUAACAAUGGAUAAAUUAGAACAGCUAAGCUACUGUCGGCAGAUUUUGUGCGAAACUGUGCGUACAGCCAGCCUAACACCUAUUUCUGCACGACUGCAGGAGCUAGAAGGAAGGGUUGACCAACACAUUAUUCCGAAGGAGACUCUUGUGCUAUAUGCCCUUGGUGUUGUGCUACAGGAUAAUACUGCUUGGCCAUUAGCCUACAGAUUUGACCCAGAUAGAUUUGAUGAUGAAACUGCAAAACAGAGCCUUUCAUUACUUGGUCUUUCAGGAAGCCAGGAAUGCCCCGAAUUAAGGUUUGCCUACAUGGUUGCAAUGGUGCUUCUUUGUGUUCUUGUGAGAAAGCUGAAUUUACUUCCUGUUAAAGGACAAGUUAUGGAGACAAAAUAUGAGCUGGUCACAUCACCCAAGGAAGAGGCCUGGAUCACUGUGUCAAAGAGAAGCUAAACCACUUUUCUACUAGAAUGGUUGCACCUAUUCCUGACAAGAAAAACAACAUACAAUUAUCUCUCAGAGGAGAGGUCUUUUAAUUGUUUGGCUAUGUGCAGAUUACCAAUUUGUCAUAUUUUUCUUAAAGAGAAAAGUUGGUGUCUAAUUACUAAGGCUUCCAUUUUCCUUAUAAAAAAUGCAGCCCGCAUUGUUUUAUUAAUCAAAUGUAGUCAUUACAUUUCCUAAAAAAAUCUACAAAUGCUAAAAAAGAAUUCUGAAGAAUGGCUGAAGAUAAAUAUGAGCCUUUUAUGCAUUCUGUACAGCUGCAGAAAACAUACCAGAUUGAUGGGUAUGAAUAUUCUAUGAACCCAUUCAUCCAGUAACCAGUAGCAACAAAUCAACUUCUUAGAGGUCACUUACUGCAAAUGCAGUUGUGGUGGGGCAGAGUUUGCUGCAGUUGUCGCAUGAAAAGUUCCAUUUAUUAAUGGUGUUUGCAUCCAAAGCCGCUAAUUAUUCUUGGGGCUGCUGACUUUGCCACACCUCCUUUUACAAUUUUUGUGUCAAUUGACGUAGGGCAACAUUGGAGCUAGUGCCACGUCUGAAGGUGGUAGUAGCAGCAGGGUUUCCACUGUGGGAAAACACAUAAUUGUGGCAAUUGCACUGUGCACACUUCUGAUUGGUUAAGGAAAUGAUUCCAUUUGUGUGCUGCCUGCUGAUUGGUUUCUGGAUGUGAAAACUAUUGGCCUUUUGCUAUUUAACUUUCUCAGUCCAGCACUUCUAAUUGUAAAAUUAAAAGGUUGUCCGUUUACUGUACUGGAAUAAAAUGGUUUAGUAUUUCUAA